AUGGCACAUCCAGCGUCUUGGCUGGACAUUGCGUCCUGCGUUCAGCCAACGCUCGCAUAUACGAAAGGCAUGUUCAUACCGAUACCGUGGAAGCGGCCUCACGGCUAUGCCCAUCAGAAGAUAUGGAAAGCGCGCGAUCCCAUUGGGAUGCAAACACGCAGCACUCCGAUCUCGAUGAAUGCACCAUCGAGCUUACCGCUCAACACGACACCCCAGAACGGAAUCGAAGUUGGUCAAUUUCAGGCACAGGCUGAAGAGCAGCAUACCUCGGUGCACCAGACUGUAAUAUCGCCUUUGCAGCAGCAGCAGCCUGUUACCAGUGAAAACCACGGUACAAUUCCUAUCGACCGCGAAGGACGACGAAGCGACCUCGACAACGGUCGCUUAUCAGACACUAAAGUGCAGGACGGCACUGAACGUGAUAACCUCAAGUCGGUGCUAAACGCCGAUAGUGGUCGUACAUAUGUGAGGUCAGCGGAGAAGGAGGAGCUGACAGGGCGGGCCCGGCGUGCCAAAGAGGUGUGGACAUUUGAAGACGAGCGCCUGGAGCGUUGGAAGAACGACAUCGCGAAUAUUCUCCUAUUUGCGGGCCUCUUCUCGACAAUCCUGACGGCCUACAUUGUAUCGUUCUACGGAUACCAGGAACAAACUGUCGAUCCAACCGCACAACCCCUCUCUCUUAUUCCGCCAACGAGCAUACUCUGGACGAUCGCACUCAUCCUUAGCUUGUGGUCCAGUGCGACAGCGAUUAUUGUCGGCCGGUGGCUACAUCAUCACGUCAAUCGUGGCGCAUCUCUCGAUCGUCAGAGUGUCCGACCAUGGUACUUCCGUCAUCGCGGACUCAAGACGUGGCACGUGCAGGCCAUCAUCAACACACUCUCGUUUGUGCUGCAGAGCGCCAUGGCUCUUUUCCUAGUCGGCCUUGUUGAGCAGCUGUGGACUAUGACACAAUCGUCACCGAGGGUGCUUUAA